AUGCCGCAUAUGCGCUCAUCUUUGGGACUUGCGGGCACAGAUGCCCUGCGUCGUCGAGAGGCGUUGCUCGUCAUCGCGACAGGAGAAAAGGGCAUGACGCCCGAGGAAUGGGAGAAAUUGGUGAGGCGAUCCGCCAAGGCCGUCGCAAAAGACAUGGCCAAAGAUAGCGACGACGAUCGCUUCGAGCGAGUUUCAGCAGCAUACUUCCACUUCCAAGUGGACAUGAUGCUGUGGAUGCGCCUUCUGCACUCGUGUGUCAACGAACCGCCGUAUUCGACAGAGUACAAGCAGGCGUUGCUAUGGCGCGAAGAGGAGGCAAUCGAUAAAGAGGCUCCUUACGCCCAAAGGGAAGUCGACGAGCUCCUCCAACAACAGGAGGAACAAGUCAAAAAAUACAAGGCUUUCAUGGCUUCAAAGUCUCCGAGCGGGCCAGGGAGCCAUGAGAAGACACUUGAAGAAAUAGACUCUUCGAAAGCCUCGAAAAAGAGUAUCGAAGAAAUCUACAACGAAGCUUUCCCCCCACCCUCAUCAGGGAGGUGGGCCGAUGAGUUGGAGGACUUGGACGAGGCCCCGGACCCUCUGGCUUACUCUAGACUCUUCGACAAGGAGCGUCCUACUGAACCAGGCUGUGACGCCUUCGAAGUUGGUAUCCCCAGGUCUUGGUGGGGUAUGGUCAUGGGAACCCACGGCACUGUCAUUUCACAAGCCCAUAAACUCGUGGGAUGCGUGCGCCUUGCCGUAAUUCCGCUUCAAGAAAACAAGCCUGAAGGUGAUCUCAAAUUGAUUGCUGGAUUACAGGGGUGGGUCAAUGACAAGUCGCCAAACUAUUGGAAGGCAUUGGGCGACGUCUGGGCAGGUAUCAAUAAGUGGGUGCUGACCCGCCGGCUUGGUACUGAGAAGCGUGAUCUGGCAGCCUUCCUCGAGUCUUGGUUGAAGGACGGCCAAAGCGGUAUCAGUCACCAAAUAUCUGACACCCGGAAAGACUUCCAGGAGGAAGUCAAGAAGAAGGAGAGGCUUCGCCUGGAACUUACUGCACAAAAGGCAGCCGCUGUUGCCCAAGUUGAGUCCGAUGUUGCUCAAUUCAUCGUGAACAAAACAGACGAUGAGUGCGAACAGAUCGUUGAUGCUUACUUCUGGAACCUAGAUGAGCCCCCAGACUUGUGCAAUUACCAUGAGGUCAUCUGGGAGAUUUCGGCGGCCUGGAAGAAGAGAGUUGCUGCCGCCGGACAAAAGAGAGCUGAGUCAUGGGCUUGGAAAACUCAUCGAGCCCUGAAAGAUGGGUAG